AUGGAAUCUGUGGUCAUCGAAUUUCUGGCCAGAGCUUCCCCGAUUUCAACGACUGACCAUUUGUUUUUAUUCAGCUUCCUUUCUCUCUUUUUCUCAUUUUAUACAUCGUCUCUCUCUCUCUCUUUCUCUCUCUCUCUCUCCCUCUCUCUCUUUCUCUUUCUCUACCACAUUUUAUAUAACUUUCUUUCCCUUUCAUAUUUCAUACAACUUUUUUCUCUAAUUCGACACAUCUUUAUUUCUCAUUCUCAUUUUACACAGCCUUCUUUCUCUCCUAUAAUAUACAGUUUAUUUUCAUUUUCUCAUUAUAUACAGCCUUCUUUCCCUCCCAAUUUAUACAGCUUACAUCCCUUUUCUCACUUAUUUAUACAUCCAUCCUUUUCUCCCAUUUUAUACAGCUUAAUUUCUUUUUCUCAUUUUAUACAGCCUUCUUUCUAUACAGCUUACUUCAUUUUUCUCAUUUUAUACAUUUUAUUCUUCCUCUCCCGUUUUAUACAGCUUAGUUCCCAUUUCUCAUUAGCUUUCUUUCUCGUCUCUCUCUCUCUCUCUCUCUCUCUCUCUCUCUCUCUCUCUGACUCAUUUAUACAAAUUUCUUACUCUCGUUCAUUUUUUUGUUUUAUACUGCUUUCUCUUUUACAUUUCAUAGAGCAUUCUUUUUUCUUUCCUUGUAUGUUGACUAUUCUUCCACUCAUUUUAUACAGAAUUUUUACUAUCUCUCUCUCUCAGACGCACACACAUUUAAAAGCAGUUUUCUUUCUUUCUGACAUAUAG